ACUGGCGCGUGUGGGUCGGGUGGCGGUGUGCUGUGCGUGCUUGCUGCGCCCGUCAGCCGAAUUUUUUGGUUGAACACUAAAAUAAAACACCGUGGAGGACAUUAGAACGCUAAAAUUUUAGGUGGAUGCUGCUUGGAUGGAUACGAUCACCCUUCUCAAUUAGGCGUUUUAGUGCAUUGUGCGAGGCUUGCGCCUGUGCUACCUUCCCAAUUGUAGGCUCACCAGCAAACAUUGGGCUCCAAACUGCUUCAAGCCUGACCUUGGAUGAAGAGUACCUGCAGCGGCCCGCUGUCCUGAUGCGCCUCUGGUGACGGCGCCGGGCCGAGCCCGUGGCGCGCCAUGUCGUCCGGCCGGGACGGGCCGCCGCCGCCGCUGCCGGCCGCCGAGCCGGCGCGGCGCCCGGACGCGGCGCAGCCGGCCCGCGAGCGCACGCCGCCUGCCACACCCGCCAAGAGCAAGCUGAUGACGGCUCGCGUCCUCCUGCUGGACGACUCGCUAGUGCCUUUCUACAUCCAGCUGAAGUCUCCGGGCCGCACCCUCUUCGACAUGGUCUGCAAGCACCUGAACCUGCUGGAGACGGACUACUUCGGCCUGGAGUACGUCGACCCGCAGGGAGUCAAGUUCUGGCUGGACCUGGAGCGGCCGAUGAGUCGACAGAUCGCCCUGACGCUGGCGCAGCCGAUUCUCUGGUUCUGCGUCAAGUUCUACACGCCCGACCCGGCCCAGCUGGAGGACGAGUUCACGCGCUACCUCUUCUCGCUGCAGGUCAAGCGUGACCUGUCGCAGGGCCACCUGCAGUGUAACGACAACACGGCCGCCCUCAUGGCCAGCUAUAUCAUACAGGCCGAGUGCGGCGACCUCCAGCCGGACGAGUGCCCGGACCACUCGUACCUCAGCGCGUGCAAGGUGGUGCCCGGCCAGGACGCCGAUGUGGAGCGGCGCAUCAUGGAGUCACAUCGCCGCCUGGUGGGCCAGACGCCGGCGGAGGCCGACCUCAACCUGCUGGAGACGGCGCGCCGCUGCGAGCUCUACGGCAUGAAGAUGCACCCGGCCAAGGACCACGAGGGUGUCCCGCUGAACCUGGCGGUGGCCCAUAUGGGCAUCGUGGUGUUCCAAAACUAUUACAAGAUCAACACUUUCUCCUGGGCCAAGAUCCGCAAGCUGUCGUUCAAGCGGCGUCGCUUCCUCAUCAAGCUGCACCCGGAGGGACACGGCUACUACAAGGAUACGGUGGAGUUUUUCUUCGAGACGCGCAACUACUGUAAAAACUUCUGGAAGAAGUGUGUGGAGCACCACGGCUUCUUCCGCUGCAUGGACGUGUUGAAGCAGAGCCGGUCCAAGCCCCGCGUCAUCCCCCGCGGCAGCUCAUUCAGGUUCAGCGGCCGCACCCAGAAGCAGAUGAUCGAGUACGUCCGCGAGAACUACGUUAAGCACCAGGGCUUCAACAGGUCUCAGUCGUUCCGGUCGACGGGCGCCCUGCACGCCACCAGCCUGAGCGGCGUGGGCGCGUCGCUGUCGGCGCACCCGCUCAUUCCGGCCGACAUCAUCCAGGACACGUCCGGCGCCGGUACGCCCGUCUCGCUGUCGUACGGGUCCGUCACGCUGCCGUCGUCGACAGCGACGGCGCCGCAGUCGCCGCAGUCACCGACGGAGCGCGACGGGGCGGAGCUGGACACGACGUCGCGCGGCGAACCGACCACCUCCGUGACGCCGCCGCCGCCACUGCGCUCAGAGGGCUCCUCGUUGCCGAUCCUCAGCGUGGACGAGUGUGACGCGGGCGUGGAGGAGGCACCCCCACCGCCACCGCCGCCACCGCCGGCGCCGGUGCCGGCGCCGGCAGAAGUGCGCCUGAACGGCGGCGCGCCGGCAACGAACGGCGCCGCGCCGCCGGUGCCGGACGUGCGCCGCAAGCAGCGCCGCAUCCCGGCCGACCGCGCCUUCUUCAUCGCCAAGGAGAUGCUGAGCACCGAGCGCACCUACCGCACCGACCUGCGUAUCCUGCACGUGUGGUUCCGGGAAGCCUCGGAGCGAGACGGUGGCGUGCCGCCGGGCCUGCUCUCGCCGCUGUUCGCCCGGCUGGAGCCUCUGCACGCCGCCCACUGUCAGCUGCUGCGCGAGCUCGAGCAGCGGCUCAUCGCCUGGGAGCAGAGCAACCCGUCGGAGGGCGUCUCGCCUCCGCCGCGCGUCUGUGACGUGCUGCUGCGAGCCGAAUUCAGCGACGCUUACGCCCCCUACCUGGACAGCUACGUCCACACCCUGGAACUGAUUGACCGCGAGUACCGCAGCAACGAAGCAUUCAAACAGAUGUACCGGGAGUUCGAGAUGCAGAAGACGUGCUACCUGCCGGUGGCGGCGCUCAUUUUGAAGCCGCUCCAGCGGGUGCUCCACCUACAGACCUUGCUCAAAAAGCUGGUGCACCACUACCCGGCGGGCCACCCGGACGCGGCGGACGCGGACGAGGCGCUCGCCGAGAUGUCGCGGCUGGCGGCGCGCCUCCUGCCGCGGCUGGCCGUCUCCGACAACCUGGUGAAGAUGAUGGAGCUGCAGCGCGACCUGGUGGGCUGCGACGCUCUGCUCAGCGGCUCGGCCGACGCGCGCCGCCGCUUCAUCCGCGAGGGCUGCCUGCAGAAGCUCAGCAAGAAGGGCUACCAGCACCGCAUGUUCUUCCUGUUCUCUGACGUGCUGAUCUACACGUCGCGGACCACCAGUCCGGUGCCGCAGUUCAAGGUGCACGGCCAGCUGCCGUUGCGCGGCGUCACCGUCGAGCAGACCGACUCGCAGCUGGGCAUCGCCAACUGUUUCACCAUCUUCGGCGGCAACAGGGCUCUGGUGAUCGCGGCCAGCAGCUCGUCGGAGCGGGACGCCUGGCUGCGGGACCUGCACGCCGCCAUCGACUCGGCCCGGCUGCAGACGGACGCGCUGCCGGCCGGCCUCAGCCUGUUGCCCGCCUGCAGUUCGUCGGACGAGAUCGUGUCGGGCCUGGCCGGUGACGACGGCGGCCCGCUGCCGGCCGACCGGCAGCCCAACUGGCGCAGCAACAGGAGCCCGCACGUAUGCUGGCACCGCGGCAUCUCGGUCAGCAUGGCGCACACGGCCGGCGCCGUGCACUGCCAGCUCAGCGGCUACCUGCUGCGCAAGUUCAAAAACUCGGACGGCUGGCAGAAGCUGUGGGUGGUGCUCACCAACUUCUGUUUGUACUUCUACAAGACCUUCCAGGACGAAUGCCCGCUCACGUCGCUGCCGCUGCUGGGCUACGUGGUGUCGGAGCCGGCCGCCGCCGACAACAUCCACAAGGAGCACGUGUUCAAGCUGCAGUUCAAGCAGCACAUCUACUUCUUCCGCGCCGAGAGCCGCUACACGUUGGAGCGGUGGCUGGAGGUGAUCGGGCGGACGGCCUCCACCGAGUAGGAGGCGCCGCCCCGUCAGGCCCGUCUCGGCGGUGGGACGGUCCAGUCGCGGCGGCCACGUCGGAUGGAGCGCUCUCGGGCCGGCGGAGUGGGCCCGCUCGAGCGCUGGCCGGCGAUGCCAGCCGCGGCGGCGGUGCACACGAUCGAGUGCAGUGAACUACACUGGAUCUGCUGUGUGGUGUCGGCGGCCGGCGGCCGGUGGCGGGGCGGAGCCGCGGUCGGCAGCGGCUGCUCACCCGAAGCUGAAGCCGGAGCCCGCUCCGUGUGAAGACGAGUGACUACUCGCUCCCUCCUCCCCCCAGUCUCCUUGUUCGCUGGAGCCCGCACCGGCAGCCAAGACGAACGGACGGCGGGAGCGGCCGCCGACUCGGCCGGCGGUGAAUCUUGGGCGGACUGCUCCUCUGCCUCUCCGCUGUGCUCCUGCUGGGCCCACGAGGAUGCGGUCAGCGCUGGCCGUCCGUGCCCUCCGGCUCCACCAGAGUGACGGCCGCUCCUGAGUACUCGACAUGCCGUGCUGCGCAGACGCGAUCUCGCCUUGCCGUGUGCGGGCCCGCCCCGCCCGGGAUCCACGUCUGGCUGUGUUGUCAGACCGCUGCCGCUGCCGCAACCGCAGCCGUCUGCGGCGGCGGCGGGACGGCCGCCAGGGCGUGAGUCGCGCGCCGCCCGCCGGCUGCCGCGUGCGCGGGGCCCGGCGGUGGCCAGGCGAGGGUCGGCCGCGGGCGUGAUCGGGGCUCAGUCUGUGCCGAUUGUUAUGGCGUGCCGCGCUCCUAGCAGUGGCCGCUGGCAGCUGCGGCGCUGUGGCGGCGUGGAUGGGCCGCAGCAGACGCGUCUUUGUGCCUUACUGUGGUGCUCGUGUGUAUGCAUGACGGCCCGCGAGGGGGCUGACGUCCCGGCCUCGCUCCAAGUGCCUUCGCACGCAGUGACAGUUAUAUUCAGGUGACUGCAGCUUAUGAAGCGGACGUUUUUGGCGCGAUGAGAAUGAUGCUUGAUUUUACACCGGCGAGACGCUUAUUUCCGUCGGUAGCUAAGGACCUAAUUGUGGCUUAUUUCCGUCGGUAGCUAAGGACCUAAUGGCGGCUUGCAUUGGAAUAAUCGUGUGGCUGAUGUGCGAGCGUUUGCAGCCGAUGAAAGUGGUGUCGACGCGGUAAUCCGGCUCCGGCCUGCGCAAUACAUAUUUUGUACGUUUAG